UGACAAUUAUUUUCAAAGUUUUGGACAAAAAACUGAUUAUUUUAUGAAGGAAAAUCGGAUAAACCGCUUUUAACGAGCUCAUUACUAUUCACUGUUUUGCCCCCUUUCCUUGGGAGCGAACUUUUCGAACACUGCUUCCUGUCAAGGUAGAUUUUACAGCACUGCAAACAGAGUUUUCAUUAUUGAUAGAUGGCCCAAGAAAAUUCACUUUAACCUGCCAAAUCGACGAACGAGAAAGUUUCUAGAGCUCAGAUCUUGUGAAAAGAACCGAAGAGAAAGAAGAAAAGAUGAAACUUGAACGCAAAAAGGGUGUUCUUGAUCCCGAAUUGGCCUCAAUGUCAUUGGACAAUUACUACGAGAAGCACGUGAAGAAGCCGGGCGGCAAGUUCAAGUCCCAUCGUCCUGCGCCGUACGCAUCGCGUUCGCAGGCGCAACUCCACUUCCAGCGGACGCACUACUUCGGCCCCGCCUACCGGCGCAGGCUGGCCAAUCCCACUUCUUCCAUUAUCCACAGCCGACUGGAGGAACUGACCCAUAAUAUCGAGCACACCAAGACCAUGGUGGCCUUCAAGGUCGUUGUGAACCUUAUCGAGCAUCGUCUACAGCAGCAGCAGCAGGAGGAACUGGAAGCCAGCUUGGCUUCGACGCCGCCGGCCCCUUCGCCUACUCCUAGCCACGUUUCGGAGGAUCUGGAGGACACGCUGAUCCUCACCAUCGGCGACGAGGUGCUGCAGGACGACGACUUCAAGGACAUCCUCUAGAUGUCCUAACAGAAACUUGUAAACGUGGUCAAAACACAAAUUGUACACUGUUUUUUAAUGAGAAAUUGACUUUUUAGUGCAAAAA